UCACCUGGCAGAACAGCGGGCAACGAGUCACCUGGCAGAACAGCGGGCAACGAGUCAUCUGGCAGAACAGCAGGCAACGAGUCAUCUGGCACGACAGCGGGCAACGAGUCAUCUGGCACGACAGCGGGCAACGAGUCAUCUGGCACGACAGCGGGCAACGAGUCAUCUGGCACGACAGCGGGCAACGAGUCAUCUGGCACGACAGCGGGCAACGAGUCAUCUGGCAGAAUAGCGGGCAACGAGUCAUCUGGCAGAACAGCGGGCAAUGAGUCACCAAGCUCGACAGCGGGCACCGAGUCAUCUGGCACGACAGCGGGCAACGAGUCAUCUGGCACGACAGCGGGCAACGAGUCAUCUGCGACGACAGCGGGCAAAGAGUCAUCUGGCAGAAUAGCGGGCAACGAGUCAUCUGGCAGAACAGCGGGCAAUGAGUCACCAAGCUCGACAGCGGGCACCGAGUCAUCUGGCACGACAGCGGGCAAUGAGUCAUCUGGCACGACAGCGGGCAAUGAGUCAUCUGGCACGACAGCGGGCAAUGAGUCAUCUGGCACGACAGCGGGCAAUGAGUCAUCUGGCACGACAGCGGGCAACGAGUCAUCUGGCAGAACAACAGGCAACGAGUCACCAAGCUCGACAGCGGGCAACGAGUCAUCUGGCACGACAGCGGGCACUGAGUCAUCUCGCUGGAUCAGCGUACACUGGGUCAUCAGGCAUUCGAGCAUCAGGCUGAACAGAAGG